UAUACUUAAUAAUAGUUUUGAAAUAUUGUACUUGCUCGCCUGUAAAAGAUCAUGUUGGUGAAAAUCGCUUUUCAAACAAAAUGAAUUUGAAUUAUCCUCUACGUGUAAAGAAAGUCAUUCCGAGCAACAGAAAGUACAAAUGUCCUUCGCCUGGCAAUGGAUAUAAAUUUAAUAUGAAAAGUACAUCUCCGUGGGUGAUCGAAAAAAACAUCGAUCCAAACAGACGCCCGAGGGUAAUUUUAAGCGCAAAAUGUCUCUGCAAGGGAUGCAUAGAUCCGGCAACUCGCCAAGAAAAUUUAAGUCUAGCAAGUGUCCAAGUUAAGGCCCCGGUUCAAGUAUAUUUUCGGAAAAAGAGACGCUGGAUUAGAGAGACGGUGAUGAAUUCUACAGGAUGCACUUGUGUUAUGCCCAAGUAAAACAAUUGAAUGAUGUAAGAUGUUUUAUUGUGAU